CCUCAUUAAACAGCGCACAUGAAGAAGAUGAAAUAUGAAAUGAAAAUUAAUAAUAGAUCAGGGAGUGAUAUAGCCUGCAGGGAUGAGAAUUGAGAUGUGAGUGUAGAAACCUAGGAAUUACCAAAUGAUGACGUGGAUAUGAAAUGGACAUAUAAUCAUGUUAUCUUUGGCUUAAAGCUUAGGCCUCCGAUAUAUUAGUUGAGGCAGAACCAAUACUCUUUUCCUUCCUCUGCCUGUUUUAGUUCGACUUUAUUGUGAAAAAUUGUACUCGUUGUUUUUCUCCUUUGUUAUUUAUGAAUUUUUUAGGUGCCAUAUAUUGAUAUAAUUAUCAAUAAUCCUGAUACCACAUUCGCUGAACUCUGAGUAGAUCCGGUCAAACUCAAUUGUGUACAAUAAUUAGUUUUUUCAAUUAAUUUUAAAGAGCUAUAUUUAUUCCUUUUAAGUCCUAAUUCAAUGUUUUGCAUAGAAAAAUCAUAUUAACCGUGCUCUUCAAAAUGACAUCAUUCGAAAUAAAAAAAAAAUAAAAAAAAUUGAGACAUAUAUUAUUAGUCUUUACCAUAAUGAUAAUCUUUGGUAGUACAUAAGAUUACACUAUGGUGGUACGAAAGUCUACCAUGAUAGUAUGUGUACAUGAGAGUAUAGAAUGAUUAUAUACUUGAUGAUAGUAGGAAUAUACUAAUCACUACUUAGCACUUUUAAUCACAGUCUAUCACCCGUUACCACCAUAUACCAGGAUAGUAUAAGGUGGUAUAUUUGGUCCUAGAAUUUUCCCACCCAAAAAUUUUCCCACCCAAAAAUUUGUAGAUCACCAUAUACCACCAUAUGCAAAAAAUUUCAAAUUUUGAAUUAAAAAUGAAAGUGAUACAAAGUGGUACUAGUGUGGUAACGGGUAGUAUGCAAUUGUUUUCUCCAAAUAUAUUAGAAAUUGAUAUAAUUUGAAGAUCACAACGAGUCCAUUCCUUCUUUGCAAAUUUUUUUUUUUUUGCAAUUCAAGUUAAAACAAAGAAAGUACAAACCAAUUAAAAAAAUAAAAGGUAUUUAAUCUCACCUUUCAGAUUUGACUUCACUCAAAAUCAUGGGGUCAAAAGUUAUAUUAAAACAAAUAACUAUGACUUAUUGACUUACACACUCGAUCAUUGACCGUACUAAGAUUAAAUUUAUGUAAGGAUAUCGUUUAGUGCCCUGCACAAAGAAAAUAAUAGUGUGGAGCAGUAGCAACUGAUUGUAUUUAUGGCUGGUGAACGGUUAUAGUGUUAGCGCCGUAACCGAUAAUCGGUUAAUGGUUACAUCGUUAAUUGAGUAAACAGUAAAUUAUCGGUUCCUCGUAGUCAAAUUUAGCUAAUUAUUUAUCGACGAUUAAACAGUUAGUAAUCAACGAUUAAAUGACUAACCGACUAACCAAUUACGAUAUCCUCAUAGUUAGGACCGAAAAUAAUAGGGCUCGAUGAGUUGCAGGCAUAGGAAAAAAUAAUGGGUUGUUUGAAGGACUACAAGAUCUCUUGCGUACUCUAGUUGUAAUAGUGAAGUAGUUAUUUUUUCUUGGACAAUAGUAACGUAGGUUCAAAUGAGAAUAAUUUUAAGGAAGAGCUUUAGAAGGACCACAGUAGAAAGUUGGGCUUAUGCACCGUAGCUCGACAAAAUAAGCAACAUUUAAGCUUCCAUUUAGUUUGGUGGGGUUUAUGAGUUGAUUCAUUGUUGUUGGGUCUCUUAUUUUUGUAAGCUUCUUUAAUCAAAUUUGAUGGUAGAAAGAAUGGUGUUAUUGUGUAUUUGUGUUGGAUUGAGUUGAUUAUAGAUUGAUAUUUAUUUUAAUUAAUUUUUUGGCAAAAUACAGCUAUAUAUCCACAAUUAUCAGGUUUGUGACAAAUAUAUCCACAACUAUCGAAAUACACGAAAUAUCCAAAAAUCGGAAGGUUGUGUGACAAAUCUAUCCACUUCCGUCUGAAACUAUAACGGCGUGUCAGACGACGUUAAAUUGACUAACGGAAUGUUGAAUCGAUGCCAGCUCACCUGACACAUAAGCCAAAAAGCAACCAAACUUUACACGUAGAUGCCAAAUAGGCUAGUUGAAUAAAGACAAAAUAUAGCUGUAUAUCCACAACUAUCAGGUUUGUGACAAAUAUAUCCACCACUAUCAGGUUUGUGACAAAUAUAUCCACAACUAUCGAAAUACACGAAAUAUCCAUUUUCGUCCACUCCGUUAACUCCGUCAGUUAACUUGAUGACUGGACAAACGGUGGAUGCUUAGUUGACGUAUUUCUGACCCCACUGAAUGACGUGGAUUAAAAGAGAAAAAAAUUAAAAACCCUAAAAACCACAGACAGCGAGACUAAACAUUCAACCUAGAAACACGCCCGAUAACCACUGAUUUCCUCCGAUCGACGCCUCCACCCCCAAAUAACCCUAUCCCAAGCCCAGAUUUUGAUUCCAACCACAAUCCCCAACCAUUUCCUCCCUUUUACUCCGACGGCUUCCAUGCAGUCGGUGCCAUGGUGAUACCAAGUUUAAAUCUAACAAAAUCGCCAACAGAGAAGACUACAACAUCGAGGUCUAACAGAUAACGGUGUAAAGUUUGGUUGCUUUUUGGUUUAUGGCAGGUGAGAUGGCAUCGAUUCAGCAUUUUGUUAGUCAAUUUGACGUCGUCUGACAUGUCGUUAUAGUUUCAGACGAAAGUGGAUAGAUUUGUUACACAACCUUUCGAUUUUUGGAUAUUUGGUAUAUUUCGAUAGUCGUGGAUAUAUUUGUCACAAACUUGAUAGUUGUGGAUAUACAACUGUAUUUUGCCUAAUUUGUUUUUCUCUUUUAAUCCACGUCAUUUAGUGGGGCCAGAAGCAUGCCAACUAAGAAUCCAACGUCUGUCCAGUCAUCAAGUUAACUGACGGAGUUAACGGAGUGGACGAAAAUGGAUAUUUCGUGUAUUUCGAUAGUUAUGCAUAUAUUUGUCACAAACCUGAUAGUUGUGGAUAUACAGCUGUAUUUUGCCUAAUUUUUUUAUUCAAUGAUAACAACAUAAAAAAACAUAUACGUAUGGAGGAAACAAUUAACAAAAAUGCACAAUUGAAAAAGGAGGAGGCCUCCCGUUAAUUAGUUAGGCUACUGAUCGAUUAUUUUGGUAUAAACUUGCUGAAUCAAUUGGUUAACGAUUAUCCAACUAAUUGACUAUAUAAUCAAUAACCGACUAUAUGAUUACGGUUAACUGACUAACAUAAACGGUGUGGUUAACGGUAAGUACAAGAUUUGAUAGUUAACUGCGAACUGACUAUACAGUUAUCGUCAUAACCAAAUUAUAACAUCCUUUAAAACUAUUUAAAUUUUCUUUGGGCAUGAAGACGGACGCUACUCAGUGGCGGAUACAUGCAUGGUUAGGGGUGUCCCGGGACACCCCUAAAAUUUGGAAACACGAUUAUUCAACCUACGAUAGUAAUUUGUGUAUGAGAAAAAAAAUGUUUAUGUGGUAGUGGGACACCUUUAAAAUUUGGGAAAAUGAUUAUCCAAUCUCACGCAGUAGUUUGCUUAUUGGUAUAAAUAAUAUUUAAGUAGUAGUUUAUGUGAUUUAAAUUUGGGACACUACCACUAUUAGUUAAUAUAUUUUCAAUUACGCUACAACUCAUUUGUUAUUGUUUAUAUCCAAAUAUAAUAGUAAGAUGCUAUUCUUAUCUCAAAUUAUUUUCAAAACAUAACGAUUAAACUCAAUUACAGGAUAUCCUAGUAAGAUAUGUCAAGAGAUAUUUGUUGAGCAGUAUAAACACCAAAUGCAUUUUAUCAUUUGAUGAAACACGUAUGAACUUUUAAUGAAACUUUUAUUAGUUAGAUAUUUUCAUAUUUAAUAAUUAUUUAAUUUAAUUCUAAUAUUUAAUUUAAUUUAAUUUUUUAUAGAGGACACCCCUACGUAGAAUUCCUGGAUCCGCCACUGACGCUACUGCAUCCUAAUUUCCAUUAAUAUACCGAUCCUGGGCAACCCCGAGGAUAUCAUACGAGUACGAGAGCCAGUACAACAAGUUUGGUUCUGUUUGGUGAAUGUUGGUGCAGCAUGCAGAGCAUUUGCAGCUUCCUUUCCCUACUAUUACUGUGGAGGAAACAGACGAACUGUCGGUCCUCUAUUUUCCUCUUUAUAUGUCUGGAUUGCUAAGCAAAGUGCGUUUGUCUGAAUUCCUUCCGGCUGCCGGCUGGGCGGUAGUGGGAUUUGUUGCGUUGCCGUUGCCAUCGGCUCACUCAAUCGAUUGUCUUUUUCCUCGCAGAUCCGGCUAAUGAUGGAUCCGUGUACUUAAUUUAAGUGCAGCGCCUACGCUAAGCAAGGGUAUUGGAUCCCUAAAGAUACACUACUGUUCCUUCACUACCAAUUUGUGGAUUCUGCAUUCGGCGUUCUUCAUAAUGACCCGAAUCACCCUGGCAAUGAGCGGUUUGGUGCCCACGAGCUAGAUCAAGUUGCGUUGCGUAGACAGAUGGCCCAACUCGGAUCAAAUUAAUUGUUUUUUUUACAAUAUCGGAUCAAAUUAAGCAAUUCGCUUAAUCGCUUUAGUGUAUCCUUAAUAAUUAACUAGUUUUCAUUAUCCCCGCUCCGUUCUGGGUUUUAAGAAAACUGGCAAAACAAAAAUGUUUCAUAUUUAAUGAAAUAUAUCCAUAGAAUGUGGUUGACAAUGGUAUUAUAUACAGUUGUGAAUUGCGAUUAAUUAUGAGGCAUGUUAUUUGCUGCCAACUUAUAACCCAAACCCAAUACUAACCCCCAAAGAGGUGGUUCGAUAAUGCAGUUAAAAGCUAGCUCUAACGCUUAACACCACCCACACCCCUCCCCCAAGCCAAAAUAUUGGAAAUUUUUUUUGCACCAAAAGUCCAAGUAAAAGCGCUAAAGCCUAACAAAAGCUUAAAAAUUUAGGACCAAGGAUCAGACUAACAUUGCAACUGGUCUAGUGUAGUCAGGUUUGGUACGUUACAAAUAUCAAUAAGGCUAAUUUAAUUAUUCUUUAUUAUUUAUAAAAUUCAUAAGAUAAUCAACAUUAUAUUCUGCUGGUGUGAUCCGGUCUCAAUGUUGAUUUGGCCUGGUGCGAUUCGCUUUGGAAUGAACCGUUGCACACCCUACCAUAUUGGGUAGGAUUGGUUUAUUUUUGCUAGCGAAAAGAGAAAAAAUGACGCGAUUGUUUUUGGUAAAGUUAUCCUUUCUUUUAUGAGGACAAUCCAAGUACCAAAUCGGUAAUACAAGUGAAGGAACCCUUGUAUAUUAGUGUCCAUCAAGCUCAUUAGUACGAGGCCUUUUGGGGAGGAUACCCAAAGGUAAAACCGUGCAGGCUUUGCUCAAACCGGACAAUAUCGUAUUAAUGGGCUGCCCAGUUAUGACAAGUGGUAUCAAAGCCCUGGUUCCGGUUCAUGGUGGUGGACGUCAGUUUGGUGGGACCCUCAUUCGAUGGACCUCUGGAUUUGAGAUCUGCGUUUAUCUGGCGGGUCAAGGUGAUUCACGUCUGUUUGGUGGAUCCACAAGAGAUCCACGUUUGGGCUUUGGUGGAUUAAGGGAGGUCCGCGUCUGUCUAGAGGAUCUAGGAAGGAUCCAAGUUUGUUUGGCGGAUCAAAGAGAGUUCCGCGUCUGGUAAAGUCCUUGUACCGAGAAGCCCAUCGAUACAAGGCGAGAUUUGAGAUCUGCGUUUGUAUGGCGGGCCAAAGGUGAUUCGCGUCUGUUUGGUGGAUCCAGGAGAGAUCCAUGUUUGGGCUUUGGCGGAUCAAGGGAGGUCCGCGUCUGUCUGGUGGAUCUAGGAGAGAUCCCCGUUUGUUUGGCGGAUCAAUGAAAGUUCCGCAUCUGGUAAAGUCCUUGUACCGAGAAGCACAUAGAUACAAGGCGUUUGGCAGAUCAAGAUAAUUGCUGAGGUGAGACACAAAGUUCGUGAUCCUUGGCUUGAGGGGAGAAUUGUUAUGGGACAAUCCAAGUACCACAUCGGUAAUACAAGGGAAAGAACCCUUGUAUAUUAGUGUCCACCUAGCCCAAUUAGUACGAGGCCUUUUGGGGAGGACACCCAAGAGCAAAACCGUGCAGGCUUGGCCCAAAGCGGAAAAUAUCGUACUAAUUGAGCACCCCAGUAUGACAUGUGGUAUCCGAGCCUGGUUCGGCGGAUCCGGGGCGGUGGACGCCAGUUUGGUGGACCUCAGGAUUUGAGAUCGUCUGUUUGGUGGAUCAAGGUGAGAUCCACGUUUGGGUUUGGCGGAUCAAAGAGAGUUCCGCAUUUGUGAAGCAAAUCAAAUAGAGUUCUGCGUUUGGUAAAUUCAUUGUACCGAGAAGCCCAUUGAUACAAGGUAGGGAUGGCAAUGGGUCGGUUUGGGUCGGGUUUUGCCAAACCCAAACCCAAACCCAUGGGUUUAUCCGUGAAAAAAACCCGGGGUAAAACCCACUAGGUUUGAAAAACUCAAACCCAACCCAACCCGCUGGGUAUCCGCGGAUUCAUGGGUACCCAUGGGUUUUUGUCAUAAAAAAUUCACAAUAACAGGUUCCUAUCAAAAUUAAAGUCAAAUAUCAAUCUCUCAGUACAAAUUAUCCAUAUAUAAAACACCAUUCUAGAAAAUCCAAGCAAAUCACAAAUUAACUAUACAAUUGUUCAACACCAAUCAAGAAAACUCAAGAAAAUUGAAGCAAAUCACAAAUUAUCCAUAAUUAACGUGAUUAAUUGAAAGCAUCUUCCUUUCAAUUAAGUUUUUCACUCUCCCCUCGAUAACAUCAACUACUAGAAAGAAAAAAUUAGACAUGUCUCCACAAACAUUAAUAAGAUUAGUUGUUUAGAAUAUUAAAUUUUCUGAGAAAAUUAAUUACGUGGGUGUGGGCGGGUACCCAUGGGUCGGGUUUACCUAAACCCAAACCCAACCCAACCCGGUGAAUAGUGAACAGGUUUAAACCCAAACCCGGCCCAAAAUCCGUCAACACGGAUUUUACCCGCGUUGACCGGGUUGGGUCGGGUGGAUACCCGUGGGUUCGGGUUUUUUUGCCAUCCCUAAUACAAGGCGUCUGGCGGAUCAAGAUAAUUGCUGAGUUGAGGACAUGAAGUUCGUGGUCCUUGGCUUGAGGGGAAGAUUGUUAUGGGACAAUCAAAGUACCACAUCGGA